GAUUCGCACCUCCGUGGACCGUCGUUCGUGAUGGAGCCGCCGUCGCGCCUCGAAUUCUCCAACUCGUCCGGCGGCUGGCUGGACUGCUCCGCCUCCGGGAGCCCGCAGCCCACGAUCGACUGGCUGUCGGUGGACGGAACGUCCGUCGGCGACGUCGGAGGCGUGCGGCGCGUCCUGCGCAACGGCACGCUGGUGCUGCUGCCCUUCCCGGCCGCCGCCUACCGGCAGGACAUUCAUAGUACAAUCUAUCGAUGCGUAGCGUCGAACACCGUUGGACGGGUCAUCUCACGGGAUGUACAGGUCCGGGCAGUGGUUGCUCAAGCAUACAAAGUUGAUGUUGAAGUGCUGGCAGCAUCCCGCGGCUGUACCGCGAUCCUGCGUUGCGUAGUGCCUAAUUUUGUUAAGGAGUUAGUGAGGGUCGUGUCCUGGGUACAGGAGCCGGCAUUCUACAUUUACCCAUCGCUGCAGGGUGAUGGAAAGCAUCACCUGCUGCCGACCGGAGAGUUGCUGAUACACAAUCUAGAGUUUAACGAUCGGUACCCAUCUUACCGGUGUCGGACGAUGCACAAACUGACGAGACAGGUUGUCACCAGUAAUCCGGCCAAAAUUCGAAUGACUGAUCAACGAGGAAUAGUUUCGCCAAGCGUAGUGGAGCACACGUCACAUGUUUCAGUGUCGCAGGACGAGGGUGCCGUGUUGUUGUGCGUGGCUCAGGGCUGUCCCUCGCCGGAGUAUCGAUGGUACACCCACAACGGUCCAGAACCAAUUCCAGUGACAUCCGGCCCACGGAUACGACUGCUCGGUCCGGUGCUGGCCAUCGAGGCUGUUACCGGCGAAGACGGCGGGGUUUACAAGUGUUCCGCAUCGAACGCCGGCGGGGAAGCCAGCGCCGAUCUCCGGCUCACCGUCUCCACGCCCAUCCACGUCGAAAUCUCGCCGAACGUCUUGAGCGUGCACAUGGGCGGCACGGCGGAGUUUCGGUGUCUCGUCACCUCCAACGGCAUGUCGGCUGGGCCGCAGCACAUCACCUGGUUCAAAGACGGCCGCCAGCUACCGAGCUCCGGUCGCGUGGGCGAUACGCUACAGGUGACGGGGGUGACGCGCGAGGACAAGGGCAUGUACCAGUGUGUGGUGCGGCGCCAGGAGGGCGACUCAUUCCAGGCGUCGGCGGAACUGCAAUUAGGCGACGCUCCUCCGUCGCUGGUGUACAGCUUCAUCGAGCAGACGCUACAGCCUGGUCCGGCCGUUUCGCUGAAGUGCUCGGCCCAGGGGAACCCGACGCCCCAGAUAUCGUGGACGUUGGAUGGAUUUCCACUGCCAACGAACGGAAGGUUUAUGAUAGGUCAAUAUGUAACCGUGCACGGGGACGUGAUCAGCCACGUGAACAUUAGUCACGUAAUGGUGGAGGACGGCGGAGAGUACUCGUGCGGGGCGGAGAACCGCGCUGGCAAAACUUCACACUCAGCUCGGCUCAAUAUCUACGGCUUGCCGUACAUUCGACUGAUACCGAAAGUGACGGCCGUCGCCGGGCACACCCUGUACCUCAAGUGCCCGGUGGCCGGCUAUCCGAUCGAGGAAAUCCACUGGGAACGCGGUGGCCGCGAGCUGCCGGAGGACAUGCGCCAGAAGGUCCAAUCGGACGGGACGCUCGAGAUCAAGGAGGUGCAGAAGUCGCUCGACUCCGGCGUGUACACGUGUUGGGCGCGCAACAAGCAGGGCCACAGUGCGAGACGCAGCGGAGAGGUGGCGGUCAUAGUUCCUCCCAAUAUCGAACCGUUCACCUUUCAAGACGGGUUGGCCGAGGGCAUGCGAACCCGCACCGUUUGCGGCGUGUCGAAGGGUGACCCGCCGCUGACGCUCAAGUGGCUGAAGGACGGCGAUCCGCUGCUGUCCACGCUGCUGGGCGCCAAUGUGUCCACUCUAGACCAGUACUCGUCCCUCCUUAACAUCCCCUCCCUGUCCGCGGCGCACUCCGGCGACUAUACGUGCGUGGCCAGCAACCCGGCGGCCGAAGUGAAGUUUACCGCCUCGUUACAGGUAAAAGUUCCGCCUCGUUGGGUUGUGGAACCGAUGGACGUGAGCGUUGAGCGUAACCGCCACAUUAUGCUUCACUGCCAGGCUCAGGGAGUCCCGGUGCCGACGAUUCUCUGGAAGAAAGCAACAGGAAGCAAAUCCGGAGACUACGAGGAGGUACGGGAGCGUCCGUAUACGAAGCUGCUGGCCAAUGGGUCGCUGCUCCUGCAGCACGUAAAGGAGGACCGCGAGGGGUUCUAUCUCUGCCAGGCCAACAACGGCAUCGGGACCGGUAUCGGGAAAGUGAUCCAGCUGAAGGUGAACUCUUCUCCGUACUUUGCGGGACAAUCGAAGAUGGUGACCGUCAAGAAGGGGGACACGGCGAUAAUGCAGUGCGAGGUGAAGGGCGACAAGCCGAUCAACGUCGUGUGGCUCCGGAACGGUAAGCACGAGCUGAACCCAUCGACCAACUACCGGGUCUCGAUCAAGCAGGACGCCACGCCGGAGGGUAUCUCGGCGGAGGUGCAGAUUUCGAACGUGGACAGCAGCGACAGUGGGGCCUACUUCUGUCAGGCCAGCAACCUGUACGGCCGAGACCAGCAGCUGGUCCAGCUGCAGGUGCAGGAACCACCGCAGCCACCGUCUUCGCUCGAGGCAGCGACGGUCUCGAGCCGGGUCGUUAACCUCAAGUGGCAACCGCGCGGCGGUGACGCGGCCGAGGUGUCCAAGUACAUCAUCGAGUACCGGGAGAUCGACCGGCAGUGGCAGUACAUCGACAUCUCGGACCCACCGGCUUACUCGACAAUCAUCGAGAACCUGAAGCCGGCGACUAACUACAUGUUCCGGAUCAUCGCCGAGGGUCCGGCCGGUCGAAGCUCACCCAGCCAGGAGCUGUUCAUCAAAACGGACCCCCAGAGGCCAGCUGGACCGCCGCUCAACCUCGGUGCCCGCCCCAUCUCAUCCACCGAGAUACUGGUCAGCUGGAUGCCACCGUCCUACGAGCUGCGGCACGGCGAAAUUCAGGGCUACAACAUCGGGUACCGUUCGAUGCACGCCACGAGCAAUAGCUACAACUUUACGUCCAUCUCGGGUGACGGCGAAGACGGUACGGGCGAACUCCUGCUGGCCAACCUGGCCAAGUACACGCGCUACACGAUCGUAGCGCAGGCCUUCAACCAGAUCGGUCCGGGUCCACUGUCCGAACCGGUCACCGCACAAACGAUGGAGGACGUGCCGAGUAAACCGCCGGAGGACAUCCGCUGUAUGGCGCAGAGCUCCACGUCGAUUCAGGUGUCGUGGCAGCCACCGCAGGCCCACCACACGAACGGGCUGCUGCAGGGCUACAAGGUGUUCUACGAGUGUGCCACCGAGGACGCGAUCAGCACGGGCGAGAUGGAAACGCGCAAGACCACCUCCCUGACCGUGCACCUGUCGAACCUGCGCAAGUUCUCCAACUACAGCAUCCAGGUGCUGGCGUACACGCGUAUGGGCGACGGCGUCAUCUCGCCCCCGUCGUUCUGCCACACGGACGAGGACGCUCCGGAGGCACCGGCCGACAUCAAGAUCGCCAUCAGUUCGCCCUCGUCCCUGUACAUCUCGUGGCUACCGCCGAAGGACCCGAACGGUAUCAUCACCAAGUACAACCUGUACAUGCGCGCCGUUAACGGGCGCGAGGAGCUGAACAACGACAAGCGCAACCUGCAGGCCCACCAGCACCACUUCGAGGCGAAGCAGCUCCAGAGCCACACCGAGUACCAGUUCUGGGUGUCGGCGUCGACGCGCGUCGGCGAGGGCAAGAGUUCGCGCGUCGUCUCCCAGCUCACGUCGAACCGGGUGCCGGCCAAGAUAGUGUCCUUCGGUGGCCUCACGAUCCGCCCGUGGAAGUCGUCGGCCUCGCUGAACUGCAUGGCCGUGGGGCAACCGCGCCGCGAGUGGUUCAAGGGCGAUACGCUCCUGCGGCCCGGUACCCAGCACAACAUCCAGCUGCUGGACUCGGGCGAAAUCAUCGUGACGAUGCUGCAAACCAGCGACACCGGCAACUACACCUGCCAGGUCGACAACGGUAUCGGUACGGACCGCCUGACACACAACUUGCUCGUCCAGGUGCCGCCCGGGCCACCGGUCCUCUACGUCACCAGUGCCACGUCCAGCAGCAUCCUGCUGCACUGGAAGAUCGGAUCCACGGGCAACGCACCGAUCACCGCGUUCUCGCUGCACUACCGGCGAAUCCACGGAAAUCUGGAGGAGAUGCAACUGUCACGCCACGCCACCAGCCACGACCUGAAGGGCCUGUUCUGUGGGAGCACCUACCAGGUGUACCUGAUCGCCCACAACAAGAUCGGUUCCUCGUCCGCCAGCACGACGCUGAACGUGAAAACGCAAGGCCAAUCGCCAGGGGUUCCACCCGACUCGGUGCUGAUCGCACCGAACUCCACCUCGGUGGUGCUUCGGCUGAACGGUUGGCCCGACAACGGCUGCCCGAUCAUCUACUUCGUGCUGCAGUACCGCUCCGUGUCGACCGGUCUGGACGACGAGUGGCACCUGGUGUCGAACGCCCUCAAACCACAGCGGCGCUUCACGCUGUCCGGACUCCUGCCCUCGACCAUGUACCGGCUCAAGAUGGAGGCACACAACGUGGCCGGUUCCACCAAUGCAGAGUACACCUUUUGGACGCUCACGAAAGAUGGAGACCCGCCACCACCGGAACUAGUACAAAGAGGACAUCGUUCUCAGAUUUUUUAUAACAAUAUUCAACUGCUGAUACCGAUCAUCAUUACGAUUACCGCUGCCAUCAUCUGCAUUGCGUUCACGGUCGUGUGCUUCAAAUACCGAUACAUAAUUGUAUACGGACUAUUUGGGUUUUUCCGUUUGCCGUUUGCAGGGCAACGGGGUCGUCAGCGGAAAGACACCAUGGAGAGCCAGCAAACCACCGACGCCCAAAGGGACCGUUACUAUGCCACGAUUCAUAAGGUCGCGCUUCAGGCGGGCGAUAAGAUACCUGAAACAUCCGAAGAUAUUUCGCCGUACGCCACGUUCCAGCUGUCGGAGGCUAGUACGCUGGCUCAGCCGCACCACAGCGGGCCAGCGAACACGCUGCUGCACUCCUUCAUGUACCACGAACGCGCCAUGACCGAGGGGUGCGCCUCGCCACCACCCGCAGCGGUACUGAGACUUCACAAUCAAUCGCCAUACUACAAUAUCAACUCUUCCAAGGGCCGCCGCAGACACUCGCGAAAAACGGAGCCCGAAAGCGAAGAGUCCGACUCGGACCAAGAUCCCUUAACCUCGAGUCGCACCGAAUCGUCCAAUCAGCUGGACGCGAAGAUGAAGCACAGUAAGGAUCUGGAGCUGGCGACGGCGGGCGGCCCGGGCGACCACGGCUAUAACCCGACCCACUAUAUGCGUUCUAUUCCAGGUCUGAUUUAUCACGGCACGCAAUCGAGCACUUCGUCCGAUUUGUCGCCGAUGUCCGAACAAAAGUCCUUACCGCGGCGUGGCCGUUCAAGGGGAACGAUGCGAUCCUUGCUGACGCCGCUCCAUCUCCCGGAUGGUGGCGCGCCCGGCGGUGGUCCACUGUUCCAUCAGGUGCCGAUCGAGGCCGGCACUCCCGAUCGGAUCGAGCUGUCGGAGGCCGAAUGUGACAUCGAUACGAUCAAGAAGCUCAAGCUCGGCAUGCGCUCGUCGCUCUGGUCGCGCCCCGGGCAAACCAAUGCAGGCGGCGGCGGCACUGGUGGCCCCGGGCCGAACGGCGGCACCCCUGGGGGCGGUGGUAACGCAGCCGGCGUAGGCCAUCCUUCCGACUACUCCAUUGCCGUAUAA